UCGUACCAUUUUUAUUUUGAGAAUUCAGAUUAGGUAGACAUGUGACCUACGUACGAAUUGUGUAUGUAUGUGCAUCACUCAUGCAUGCAUAUAUGCAUAUGUAAAUUUUAUAAACCCUUUGUCUUUUUCUCAUUUUACUCAUGUGGGAUUACAUAUUGGCUCACUACAAAGCCAAUUUGUUAAUGUAAUGGUGUAAUAUAUAUACACACACACACACACCCUAUGCACUCCGACUGAAAAACUUAACCCCAGAUCAGAAAAAGAAUCUUGCUUCGACCAUCUCCAUUUCUCCACAUUCAGUAGCUUCUCCUCCAUCAUGGAUUAUGAAAUUCCUUCUUUUCCAAUUAUCUUGGCCUUUCUUGUUUUCUUGUUGAUGCUGCUGAGAAUAUGGAGCAAUAAGUCAAAUUCAGUUGCUCCUCCUUCUCCAUGGAAGCUACCCCUGAUAGGAAACAUUCACCAAAUGAUUGGCUCUAUGCCGCAUCAACGCCUACAUGAUUUAGCCAUCAAAUAUGGUCCUCUUAUGCAUCUUCAGCUUGGUGAACAGUCCACCAUUGUUGUUUCUUCUCCAGAAGUUGCCAAAGAAGUAAUGAAAACCCAUGACAUUAUUUUUGCAUCCAGACCUUAUAUUCUUGCCCUGGAGAUCCUGCUCUAUAACAGUAGUAGUAUAGCGACUUCACCAUAUGGAGAUUACUGGAGACAGAUGCGUAAAAAUUUGACAGUGGAGCUCUUAAGCAUACGAAAGGUUCAAGUUUUGCGAUCCAUCAGAGAGGAAGAGGUAUCGAAGUUUGUUAAAUCCAUUUCUUCAAAUGCAAGGUCCAAGAUCAACCUCAGCGAGAUGUUAAUUUGGUUAACGUAUUCAAUCACUACACAGACGACAGUUGGUGGGAGUUGCGAAAAGAAUGGAGCAUUUGUACCACUUAUAAGAGAAAUCGUAGAGGUUACCUCUGGUUUCAGUUUUGCUAAUAUGUUCCCUUCCAUCAAGUUGUUGCAUCUAAUCAGUGGCAUGAGAACUCGCCUUGAGAAGUUGCAUCGUGAAGUCGAUAAGAUACUUGAGAGCCUCAUCCAGGAACAUAGAGUUAACAAGUCAAGAAUCGACUCCACUGAAGAGCUUGCUGAUGAUUUCUUGGACAUUCUCUUGAAUCUUCAAGCACAUGGAGAAUUUCAGUUCCCCUUGACAACAGACAACAUCAAAGCACUUGUAAUGGAAGUUUUCUUGGGUGGGAGUGAAACAACAAGUACAGCUUCUGAGUGGGCAAUGUCAGAAUUGCUAAAGAAUCCAAUAGUGAUGGCAAAGGCUCAAGCAGAGGUGAGGCAGGUCUUCGACGGAAAAGGAUAUGUAGAUGAAGCUGGACUCGAAAAACUAGAAUUUUUGAAAUUAGUCAUCAAAGAAACUCUAAGGUUACACCCUCCCCUUCCAUUGUUACUCUCAAGAGAAUGCAGAGAGAGAUGUCAAAUUAAUGAAUAUGACGUACCGGUCAAAACCCAAAUCAUCAUUAAUGCAUGGAGUAUUGGAAGAGAUCCUAAAUAUUGGAUUGAUGCAGAGAAGUUUUAUCCCGAGAGAUUCAUCAAUAGUUCGAUAGACUACAAGGGGAACAACUUUGAGUUUAUCCCUUUUGGUUCUGGUAGGAGGAUGUGCCCUGGCCUGUUGUUAGGCAUAGUGACUGUUGAGCUUAUACUUGCAAAGUUACUUUACCAUUUUGACUGGAAGCUCCCUGAUAACAUGAAUCAAGAAGAACUAGACAUGACUGAGAGUUUUGGUUCUGCAGUUGGAAGAAAAAAUGAUCUGUAUUUAAUCCCCAUUCCUUACCGUGCUAUUGCUACACUUUCUCAGUAAAAAGCAUGUCCUUAUGGAUAAUAUAGAGGGUUGAGAGCUGAAGCUUGUCUGCUGUGCUUAGUUGCUGUUUUAAUGUUGACUGCCAUGUCAUAUGGCUUUAUUGUAUUUGGUCGUGUGUUUGUGGUUGUGAUAUGUAAGCUGGUUCAAGAAGAUAAAUCUAGGCCUUGUCUUAUUCAUCGUGUGUUCUUGUUAGUUAAUGGUGUACUCGAAAUGAAUGAAUCAAGUAUUGUUGUAGUUCUGCUGAA